AUGUCGCGAAGUGUUGAUGAUUUGGGCCUUCAACAACCUUCUAUACCAACCGGAAGAUUGGAUGGUGUUAUUGGUUUAAUAGAUAUAUACAACAAUUCUACCGCUGAAGUGAGAUAUUUAUUGGCAAACGAAUGCAGUAUUGUUCUCGAAUGUCGUUGUUGCGGCAAUUUUUUUCGUGAUUAUUUGGACUAUGUGACGCAUAAACGUUUCUAUUGUCGUAUGUCAUGUUCAACUGCUGCAUCGGCCUUCUGUACUGCUGCCCUAGAGUUUGCCGAAAAAGCACUUGCAGAACUUCGAGACGGCGACCAAAGUAAAAAGGAAAGAACAUUACAGCAGCAAAACAGAGGAGAGGCAGGAACAUCGUCUGGCACAAAAACCGAAUCACAGCCUCUAAAACGCACCAAAACUAAUUUCAAACGUACGAAUUUUAGCCAUGUCGUCAAACACUCAAAACAGUGUUCAUUACCGCUGUCGAACACGGAAAUCAUGGAAUCAAUCCCUCAUGCAUUGGUAACAGUGGAUACGGUACCAGCAGAUCGUGUUGCGGUUGUUAUUCCCCAGGACAAUUCAAGUCGAUAUCGAGAAAUGAAUUUGCGAAAUCGUAAAGGUGAUAGCGCAAAGAAUGGUGUCGCUCGGAAAGUCGGAACGGAAGAACUUAAAAUCUUGGAACGUAUGGGCAAAUAUCAAGCAAUGAUGGUUGAUUUGAGCUUGCUUACUUGCUCACACAGUGACUGCAAGGAAAAACAACCGUUUUCAUCACUCUUCACGUUUGCAUAUCAUCUUACUGUAAAACAUAAUCGCCGUGCUACAUCGAACAAGCGAAUCCCAUGUUAUCUGUGUGAUUUUGAAUCUCAGACUUACACUGCACUGAUCGAUCAUCUGAAAAGUGCGCACGAACACUAUUAUCAAGAACACGUUACAGCACGUUUGACAUCAGAAGAACUUAAACGAGGCCGAAAGGGAAAGCAGGCAAAGAUAGUACUAAUGCGGGGACGAAGCUUGAGUCCAUUAUCCGAUGAUUUUCUUGAGACGGAAGAGUCGUCUGAUGGAUCGGAAGAGAUUGGGUAUGACUCAGCUCCUGUACUAGAACUGAUGGCAAAUAUGGAGGCUGAAAAUAUUGAAUUGGCAGUAAAGGAUCGUGUGGAUUACAUCAUUGCGGUUGUGUGUGGUGAUGUCGAAAAGGCUCCAUUGUUGGAGGACAGCAAAUAUGAGUUAAAUGCACAAGAUUUAUCUAAUGAAUCUUCUUCGAGGUUGCAAGUACGAUCGAAAGAGCGUCCACAUCUUAGUUACGGAAAGACGGAGCAGUUUGCAAAAUUGGAUCCGUCAGUUUCGAAAAAGAAAAAGGAUGUGCCUUCGAUUCGCCUUCGCACAGCGCGUAAACGAAUGGUGGAAAAUAUAUCGACUGGUCAAGUAUCUGGUUUCUGCAAGACUUCGGAAGGAAAUGACGAUAACAAGAAGCACGAGACUGAACAGCCGAAGAAACGUGGUAGAGAAAGUAAACCGAAACCAAAAGCUGGGCACACACCGAAGAAAGAUGAUGUGAGUGGAAAUAGUGACGAAGCUGAAGAUAGUCGUAAACGACGCCCUUCACGUCAUCGUCGUAAACCAAAUUGGAUUGAUGAAAACUAUGUUACCGGUUUUAAAAACAAACGCAUUCAUCGAGAUGACGAUGAUAUAGAUUUGGAAUAUGCACAGCCAAGGAAUCAAAGUCGAUCGCCAUCAGGGACCCAACCAAAAUGUGUUAAAAGUGCGAAUAGUCGACGCUCAACACCUACUGAACCUUCUAGUGCCAUUCCUGGUAUUCAGUCGGAGGCAAGCAGCGAAGAAACAUCGAACUCUUCGACUCCUGCGCCAAAUGAAAACGCAUACAGCGUUGCGAGCAAUAGCCACGAAUUGAACGAUGGUGCAGUACAAUCGCCGCUUCCCUUAUCUUCAACUGGUGCGGAAUGUGCCAAAGAUAUAAUGACCAAAAAAACUUGUCGUUUACAGUAUACUCCACGAGCUCGAAGGAUGAAAUAUGGAGAUGAUUUGUUGUCUGAUGGAAAAGAAAUGGCCUCGAAAGAUACAAGGGGACAGACAACAAGUGCCAGCACAAACGUAACAUCAGUUGAUGGGCGUCCUGCGUCGCAGUCUCGUCGCAAGCAAGAUCUUUCAACAAUCCGAGAAAAUAAUGAUGAAGUUAUGAUUGUACGCUAUUCAAAUGGUGAAGCAUCUCUUCCAAAGGAUCUCUCAGAAAUUCCUGUCUACCUUACUGAAACACAGCGUGAUCUUUUUUUCUCGUUCAUCCGUCCUGCUUCACCUUCAAAUGAUGGCGCAUCAAAUACUCAUAAUCGCAUACAAUGUGGUGACAUUAUUGCGAGCAUAUCAGAGUGCGAAGCAACCACUAAAUACAUUUCAAAAGCGCGAUGA